GCAGGGACUUCCGGGACGGGCGCGGAGUGACGUCAGGAGGAGGGCAGAUCCUUCUAGCCCUUACGAGGAGAACAGACCGUGAGAGUCAAGGGCAGAGCCAGGAGCCUAGGGAGGAGGUGACUGUACUCGUCCAGACAGACAAACGCCGCUCCUUGGAUGCCUCCUACAGCUGCGGAGAGGAUCAUCUGAGCCGCCACCAGCACCACGCACAGCCCACCGCAUCUUCACAGGGAAGCCGCGACUGUCUGCCAGGCUGUCCAGGAGGGUGGCACUGGGCAGUGAGUCGGCAAAGCAGUGUCUCAUCGUCUUUUCAGAUUGGCUGAGUGGCAGCUGAGGACCAGUAGGCAGCUUCCAAGAUGGGUGAAAGGAAAGGCGUAAACAAGUACUACCCUCCGGAUUUCAACCCUACAAAGCAUGGCUCACUCAACAGAUACCAUAACAGCCACCCUCUUCGGGAGCGGGCUCGGAAGCUGUCCCAGGGCAUCCUCAUCAUCAGAUUUGAGAUGCCCUAUAACAUCUGGUGUGACGGCUGCAAGAACCACAUCGGCAUGGGUGUUCGUUACAAUGCAGAAAAGAAGAAGGUUGGCAAUUACUACACGACCCCGAUCUACAGGUUCCGAAUGAAAUGCCACCUCUGCGUCAACUACAUCGAGAUGCAGACAGACCCCGCCAACUGCGACUACGUGAUCGUGAGCGGCGCCCAGCGCAAGGAGGAGCGCUGGGACAUGGCAGACAACGAGCAGGUGCUGACGACAGAGCACGAGAAGAAGCAGAAGCUGGAGACAGAUGCCAUGUUCCGACUGGAGCACGGUGAGGCCGACCGGAGCACGCUCAAGAAGGCCCUCCCCACCCUGAGCCACAUCCAGGAGGCCCAGAGCGCCUGGAAGGACGACUUCGCCCUCAACAGCAUGCUGCGGAAAAGGUUCCGGGAAAAGAAAAAAGCCAUGCAGGAGGAGGAAGAGAGGGACCAGGCCCUGCAGGCCAAGGCAAGCCUGGACAUCCCGCUGGUGCCGGAGACAGAGGAUGACCGCAGGCUGGCCGCCCUGCUCAAGUUCCACACCCUAGACUCAUAUGAGGACAAGCAGAAACUCAAGCGGACAGAGAUCAUCAGCCGCUCCUGGUUCCCCUCCAGCCCGGGACCUGGCGCCAGCAGCAGCAAAGCCAGCAGUGUCCUGAAGAAGCUGUCCCAGAACCGCAGAUCUGCUCCCACGGGCUCCCCCAUCACCGUGGGGCACCUGGGCAUUGUGCGGCGGCGGUCCCGGGAGGUCCCAGAGAGCCCUCAGCACACAGCUGAGACCCCCAAGUCUGGGGAGCCACGGGUGCCGGAGGGGACCGCCCAGGACAGGCCCACAUCCCCCCGAGACUGUUCUCAGGAGACAGCCAAGACAUGCAAGAACAGUAGGCCACCGGGGCAGGAGGAGAGCUGUCAGGAUAGGCCCCAGCCCCUGCCAGGCUCCUCCCAGGAGGCAGCCAACCCCCAGGACACACCCCAGCCCUGCAGCCUCAGCUCCUCCCUCGUGGCUGACUACUCCGGUUCGGAGAGUGAGUGAUUCUGG